CAAUGUGCUGCAGUGUGCAUUUUUGGAGCAUGCAAAUUAUUUAGUUUGUCUUGUUAUUCUGCACUUUUUGUAGUAAAAGACGUAUGUAGUUCCGCGUCCGUGUUUUGCUAGAGCAAUAGAAGCUUGUGUUUUCUUCAGUUGAUCCAUAAGUUUCGAUAUUCCAGCCUAGUUUGUACAGAAAGUGUUUUACCCCUACUCGUGUAAAAGAUAAGUGUUGUGAGAAGAAAUCUUGGCCGGAAGUUGAUAAAUCGCUUGCGAAAUCUUCUCUUGAAUCAUCGCUAGAAGUGGUUUAACAAUUAAAAAGUGUUGCAACAACCAAGAGAUGAGUACGCUAAAUAAAUCGGCUGGCCCGUCAGAGAAUGGCGCAAUACAUGGAGAGCGAGUGGUAAUCUUGGAUGCCGGAGCACAGUAUGGAAAGGUAAUCGACCGUAAAGUACGAGAGCUGCAGAUAAGGUCCGAAAUUUUGCCCUUGGAUACAUCCGCUCAACAAUUAAAAGACUCUGGCUGUCGCGCCAUCAUUAUCUCUGGAGGGCCCAAUUCAAUCUACGAUGAUGAUGCACCUGUUUACGACCCGGAUAUUUUCAAAAUUGGCUUGCCUAUUCUAGGUAUUUGCUAUGGAAUGCAAAUCAUCAAUAAAGAGUUUGGAGGUACUGUGCAAAAGAAGGAUAUUCGAGAAGAUGGCGAACACACCGUGGAAGUGGAGACAUCAUGCCCUUUGUUCAACGGUCUUCAACAAGUGCAAACGGUUCUUCUAACACAUAGUGAUAGCAUCGAUAGACUUGGAGCCAAAUUGAAAGUGAGCGCGUAUUCUUCCAACAGGAUUGUUGCCGCUAUCUAUAAUGAACAAUUGCGGAUUUAUGGUGUUCAGUUUCAUCCCGAGGUGGAUCUAACAUUGAAUGGCAAGCAGAUGCUGUCCAACUUUCUAGUAAAUAUUUGUGGAUUAUCACCGAAUUUCACUAUUCGAAGCCGACGGGAAGAUUGCAUUCAGUACAUCAAAGAACGCGUUGGGACCAAUAAAGUUUUGAUGCUGGUAAGUGGUGGUGUAGAUUCGACAGUUUGUGCAGCGCUUCUUCGACAUGCCUUGAAGCCUGAACAAGUACUAGCGGUUCAUAUCGAUAAUGGUUUUAUGCGCAAGAAUGAGAGCGCUGCUGUCGAAAAGUCCCUUCGCGAAGUCGGUGUUGAUUUGCUAGUGAAGGAUGCAUUUUUCCAAUUCUCGCGUGGUUCAACUACAAUCAAGGUCCCCGGAUCGCUUUACAAUCAAGAUACACCGAUGCUUUGUCAGACUAUAAACCCGGAGGAUAAGCGCAAAAUAAUCGGUGAUGUGUUCGUUAAAGUUUCGAGCGAAAUAUUGAAGGAUAUGAACCUGAAUGCCGAGGAAGUGUUUCUCGCCCAGGGCACCCUUCGCCCAGAUUUGAUUGAAUCAGCGUCAGCUAUGGUUAGCUCAACAGCAGACACGAUUAAAACACACCACAACGACACAGAAUUGAUUCGACAGCUUCGAAACGCCGGGCGAGUUAUUGAACCGCUGCAGGACUUUCAUAAGGACGAAGUUCGACAGCUGGGUUACGAGUUGGGGCUACCGGCACACUUAAUCGAAAGGCACCCAUUUCCUGGCCCUGGUCUCGCAAUUCGAGUACUUUGUGCGGAAGAAGCUUAUAUGAAAGACUAUUCUGAAACACAGGUUAUAGCUAAAGUAAUAGUAGAUUACAAAAACAAGCUGGAACAAACACAUGCGCUUUUAAAUCGUGUUUCUGGCACGACAACCAGAGAGGAACAAAAAACCCUCUACCGUAUAUCCAGCAACAUGAAUUUGAACGCAACUUUACUGCCUAUUCGAAGCGUUGGAGUCCAAGGUGACAGGCGAUCUUAUAGUUAUGCGGUAGGACUCAGCAGUAAAGACCAACCAAACUGGCAGGAUAUGAUGUUCCUAGCAAAACUGAUUCCGCGAAUACUGCAUAACGUAAAUAGGGUGUGCUAUAUCUUUGGCGAUGCGGUGAAAUACCCUGUACAAGAUAUCACCCACACGCUGCUGACGCAAAAUGUAGUAGCGCAAAUCCGACAAGCUGAUAGUAUCGCGAAUAGGAUUUUGCUGGAAAAUGAAUGCACCCGGAAAAUAUCGCAAAUGCCAGUUGUUUUGAUUCCCGUGCAUUUUGAUCGUGAUCCUGCGCCAAAAACGCCAUCCUGCCAGCGGUCUGUUGUUUUAAGACCUUUUAUAACGAACGACUUUAUGACGGGUGUACCCGCGGUACCGGGUUCGGACCGAUUGCCGUUACCGGUUCUACAAAAAAUGGUUGAUGAAAUCAGCAAUCUAAGCGGUAUUUCUCGAGUGUUGCUCGACUUAACCUCCAAACCACCGGGUACGACCGAAUGGGAAUGAUUCCUCAUAGCUGUGGUAACCAUCGUCUAUAUAAUUCGUGUAUUUGUUAAAGCCAUGUUGCCCGCUAACCUUCGUCGUCCGUCACCUUUUUUUUCGUCCCAACUCCAAAGUGGCACUAAUCCUGACGCAUAUUGAUGGCAACUUCACUCAAGUCGAUAACUUUAAAUCAUGCGAUUGAGAAAAUGUUUUAGUUUUUCAGAGAAAAUGCAAAUUCAAUAGACUAUAACCAAGUUAUAAUUGUGAAUUCCGAAGGUAAAGCGCUAUUUCUGGUUUGAACAUAAUUUCUACUAGUUUAAAAAUGUGGUGAGAAAUCAAGCCUUAGUGGAUUUAUUGCUAAUUAUUGCAAAUGAAUGCAUUACCGCGCUGAAGUCAAAACUGAAUGAUUAGUUAGUGUUUAAAACAAUCCGAAUCGUUUGCUUUUGAUGUAAAUUUAAUAGUCCAUACGAGUAGAAUCGCA